AUGCCGGAAUCGCUGCAGCUUGUGGCCAUCCAGGCCGGCGUCGGCGGUCCCUGGAGGCUCCCGGAAGCAGGUCUCGGGCAGUUCAGCAUCGGCCGGAAGGCCUGUUGCCAGUUGAAUCUGCCUGAGGCUUAUGCCUAUGUUAGCGGCGAGCACUGUCGGCUGAAGACGGUCUUUCGGGACGGGCAGCGCAUCACAACGCUGGAAGACUUGAGCGGCAACGGGACGUUCAUCAAUGGCGUCCGUGUGGGGCGGGGGAAGUCCGAAACCGUGAAGGUCGGCGAUGAGAUCUCGUUGGCGAAGCCGACGAGGAAAGGAGGUGCCGUCAUGUUCCGAAUGGAGGCUUGUGAGGCGCCGAAACCUGCCUUUGUCAAUCCGGCAGAGGCCACGACGGUGAUGCCAGACCCGCCUCUGGUUGCUCCUCCCCCGGCGGCAGAAGUACAGGCUGCCUCUGUGCCGACAGCUGCGCACGCUGCCCUCUCUGCGGCAAUGGCCAGACAAGCGUGCCAGCGACAGGAAGAGAGCCAGCAACUCGAAGCACGAAUUGCCGCCGAGAAGGCGCGCUGCGGGGAACUGGAGGCCGAGCUCCAGGAGGCCAAACGCUGCCUCCAGGACGAGAGGCGAAAGGCCAGCAGCAGGCAUCCGGCCGCAAGGAGCCUGCGACCCCUCAGCUCAAACUCUGCAGAGGGCGACUGCGAAGAACUUCGAGCAGCGCUGCGACGCGUUGCCGAGGAGCAGCGGCCACUGGAGAAGGCUCGUCUGGAAGCCGAAGAGGCCACGAGACGAGAUCGGCAGCAGUGCGAACGCCUGCGAGCCGAGCUGCAAGAGGAACAGCGCGUCGCCGAGACCUCCGCGGCGGAGGCGCUUCGACUCCGCAGCGAGGUGCAGGAGGCUACGAGCCGCGCCUCUGCCAUGGAGGCCUCCGUCCAGCGCGAGACCGAGGUGAAUGCCGCUUUGGAGGAGCAGUGCGCCGCAGCCUGCACGGAGUGGGGACGCUCCAAGGAUGCGGUCUCUGCAGCCAGGAAACGCCUGGAGGAGAGGGGUGCUGCGUACAAAGCUCUGCGGUUGGCCGUCUGGGACUACCACCAAAAGGUGAGCCGGCGCCUUUCCGCCCUGGAGCAAGCCUUGUUGGAGGCGCCCAGUGGGGACUCUUCGACCAUGGCCGAUGCUGCGCAGCUGCGGGGAACACGGGGUGCAGAUGCCAGCAGGGCGGAAGGAGUCCUCGGUGGUGCGGCCGUCCAUGUGGGGAGCAGCAUGGACGACGAGACGCCCACUCAGGACGCGGAUGCUGCGGCUGGAGCGGCACCAGGUAUCUGCCGAUCUCAAGGGAGCCAGCCGGAAGCCAAGCGGCCCAGACUUUGA